AGCAUUUCAGCUCCGCGCUUCACGCGUUGGUACCGCGCGCCGGCACCGAGUUCUCCAGCCAUGGAGAGGUGACUGGCCCGGGCUCAUCUAAGUCCUCAGCUUGGUCCUCCAUGCCUUAUGGUCGUCAUCCCAUCAGUCAUUCCAAGUCUCUUCCAUCCCUGAGUGACCCCAGAAAAGGCCCCAGCUUCACGACGGCCCCGCGCUUCGGGCGUGAUCUGCCCACGGCUCAUCGGUCGAGCCUGAGCCGGGCCAGUUCACAGACCAGGGAGCCAGGGUCGCCGGGGAAAAGCAAGACAGGAGGAUAUCGAGAUCAAGCCCGACCGGUGGCGCCACAGCAUGAGGGCAAGGCUCCGUGGAAGCAGGUGCGCGAGGAGCUCGUCCCCGCCGAGGUGCGCGAAGAAGUGAAGCGCCUUGCACGUCCGACUGGCGGCGGCGUGGUCAUCGAGAUGCAAUGGGGAAGCAGUGCAUAUCUGCCCGCGCACAACGGAGGGCUCAAAUACCGGGAGUAUGCCAGCCGCUUGCAAGAGCUCCUGUCCGGCCGGCUCUCACGAGGAUCCGAGCUGCCAGUGCACAUCGUGGACCAGCCGAUGCGCUUCAAGAAGAAAGUGAGUGGGAUCUAUGAUCAAUUCUCUGACUGGGAAAGGGCCUGCAAGUUGGUGGCUUCCAACCGUUCCUUUGACUCGGCCACUGCCAGCCGGGUGGGGGCCUUCGAAGUGCAUGUGGUUCAGAGCAACUGGCAUGCCAACCUUUGCGCAGGGAAAGUGGAGGGCAACCAAGCGCACGGUGGCCCACCAGUCUGUGGGCCACAAGGCAUUCUCUGCACGGCGUGCGCUCAACGUGCCGAGGGAGAUGCUUCGGUUUCUUCCGGAGGAGGUGGUGGAGGCAUGCGAGAGCAACACACCCUGUGUCAUUCCAAGCUUUGGUCCCGACACUGGCCCGACCUCUGGUGCGUGCUCGCGAGCAUCGGCACGCUGACCAUUCGAGAGGCGCCGGGCGCCCAAAAGCCGCUGCAACUUUGGGAGGUGCCGGUGCCCUUGCCAACACCAGCGGGUGAAGCACUCAAGUCGUGUGAGUUUGUUUUGCGGCAGAGCUUCCAGGCGAGUUCUGAGCAAGAAGAGCGACGUGAUGAACGAGGAAAGGCAGAGCAGCAAUGGAGUCAACUUCGAGAAGCCUGCAAGGCGGAAGAGCAACAGCUUCGCCGCGAGUACGAGGCGGAGCUUGAGCAAGGCCAAAAGGAAGCAGAGAAGAUCUAUGUGAAGCUCUGCCUCUCGCUGGUGCGAAGGGUUUCGGAUCAUGGCUUGGACGUAAGCCGUCUUCAAAACGGUGAAGCUACGGCAGAAGAGGCUCAUCGAACGCUCUUGGAAGCCAUUGAGUUGAAUGAGAGGCGGAAAGAUCAAGUGUCAGGUUGGUAUGAGGAGGUCAAUAGCUGGAGAGGAAGAUCCUUGCAAGAGAAGGAAAUGUUUGAUGCGAUCCUGCAACAGCGACCAGAUGUGGAACGCAUGAUUGGAACCUCCAACGAGGAAGCGGAAGUGGAAGCGUUGCAGGGUGAAAUCCAACGCAAGCAAGAGGAGAUGCGAGAGGCCACUCGAAGCCACGACAAAAAAGAGAUAUAUCAAGGUAAAAUCCACGAGCUGACGCACAAAUUUGAUCGGCAGUUGGAGAAGUACCUGGAAUCACUUGGGCUCUGAGUUGGAUGGUCGCUUGAGGGUCACUGCAACAAUCUGAGGGGCGUUUCCUCGGAUGUAUCUUUUUUUUUCAGAUGAGGCAUGUCAGACAGAGGGCUGUGGUUGACUCAGGGAAAACUCAGUCUGC